AUGAUAAGAGUGGACAAGUCACUGAAGGUUCAAGGAUGGGAUGGAAGCCAAAAAUGUGAUCUACCUGUGGCCAUUAAAAGUAUUACAAAGAAGAAUAUUGCAAAAUCUCAGAACUUACUUGCCAAAGAAAUUAAAAUACUACAGGAACUUACUGAACUGCACCAUGAAAAUGUUGUGGCAUUAUUAGAGUGUAAGGAAACCUCGCACCAUGUGUAUUUGGUUAUGGAAUUUUGCAAUGGUGGGGACCUGGCUGACUACUUUCAUGCCAAUGGUGCCCUCAGUGAAGCUACCUUACAGCUCUUUCUCCGACAGAUAGCUGAGGCCAUGAAAGCACUUAAUGCCAAGGGUAUUGUUCAUCGAGAUUUGAAGCCACAGAACAUAUUGCUGUGUCACUCAGGGAAGUCGAGUCCUGUACCAAAUGACAUCACUCUAAAGAUUGCUGAUUUUGGCUUUGCUCGUUUUCUUCAAGAUGGAGUAAUGGCCAUGACACUUUGUGGCUCUCCUAUGUAUAUGGCUCCAGAAGUCAUUAUGUCAAUUAAAUAUGAUGCCAAAGCUGAUCUAUGGAGUAUAGGAACUAUAGUUUUUCAAGGGUUAACAGGAAAAGCACCUUUUCAGGCACAGACCCCACAAGCUUUGAAGCAGUAUUAUGAGAAAAAUCCUAACCUUCAGCCCAAAAUACCACCAGGCACCUCAUCAGAGUUGAAUGAUCUUCUUCUAAGAUUAUUGAAAAGAAAUGCGAAAGACAGAAUGGAUUUUGAUGAAUUCUUUUCUCAUCCCUUUUUGAAACCACCCACAAAGAAAAUAGGUUCAUCAGGCCUUGGGAGAAAGAGGCGAUCUAUGUCUCCAGAUGGUUGUAAAGCUACUGACAAUAUUCCUCCUCCUUAUCAAGGUUGGCAUGAAGAUAAGAACAGAAAUGAAGCCAUAACAGAAGGCAGAACUGACACCAUCAAAUCACCUCCUCCAAAUGCCAAACUGUCUGCUCAAAAUGUAAAUAAAGGAUUGUCUUGCUCUCCAGAUGAUCAGGAAUUUUCUAUAGUUUCUGUUCGAAUACCUGGAGAUCAAGUUGCAGAGAAUGGAAACAUUGGAGACCUUCCCAGUAGACGAUUUAAUGGUCCUAGAAGCUUUCUUCCCCGACCUGUGUCCUCAGUCUCACCUCCAGUAAAGAAAUUAACUGGCCUUCCUCCUUCAAUAAAGGCAGGCAAUGCAUUUUCACCUUGUCGACCAUCUACAACUCUUCAUCUGCCUUCCACUGCUCUCUCUUUAGUUCCAACUGAUAUCUCUACUACAACCAGCAGGCCUUCUCAACCAUCUGAACUCAUCCCAGUCACAUCAAAAAAGGAUGCUUACCAAAAAAUUGAGCAUAGUCUUGAAGAGGUAGAGAGUAGUUCAAAGGGCUUCCAAACGAAAAAUGCUGCCUCAGUUAUCCAAACUGAAAGGUCUUCUCCAUCAACGUUGCUGCCUCAAUCACUCAAGGAACAAGCUAUUGACACAUUUGAUGAGCUUGGAAAUGGAAACAGUUCCUCAAGCCUAAUGGAUGUAACAACACUUCCAGCACCACCUGCUCAGUUUGCUUCUGGAAUCCAACUAGGUGAAGCUCAUGGGUGGAGUUAUGGAGAUGGACAUUCUUCACAUUUUACAUGUGAACAUACCUUAACCCCAGCCUGCCAGACACAAACCUGUUCAACAAACAAGCUGUCAGUAUCACAAGAUGAUCAUUCAGAUGCUGCAAGGGCAAACAUUGUGAAAGGGCCUGACACAUCAGAUCAUGAAGAGGAAGCAGCCCAGGGUGCCAUAGGGAAAAAAGAAUUACACAAGCAUGAUCAUCAAAUGGAAAACUUUUUGGCUGCUAUGGAAAAAGUCGAUUUGUGUGGGAACUUCAGCAGUCACUUUUUACAACAUGCUGAUUUAACUGUUGAGGAAGGGGAUGAAUGUUAUGAGCCUACUUGUUCUUCCUACCAGCACAAUUACCAAACUACUCUUUCAGGAGGUAAGAAACAAGCACAUUCUAGUCACUCUGAAAAAAUGUGUCACUACUCAACUAGCUCCUGUGAAGGUCAUGAAGAUUAUCCUAUGGACACUGCAAAUACAGAAAAACCAGUGAUGCUACUAGGCCCAGAGUGGCAGGAAGAUACAAUACUAGAGAAAUUUGAUAAUGGUCCUCCCUCUGUAAGUGAAAGUUACAGAAAAGCAGAACAAUUGGUAUUGUACAUGCGAGCACUUCAGCUGCUGUCAUCAUCCCUGCAGCUGUCUUGUCAAGAAAUUCAGGAAAAACGUUUAAAACCAUCACCACAGGUUCAUGCAGUUCUUCAUUCAGUGAAAAAACAUUUCCAUUAUUGCCUAAACAUGUGUAAAGCUCUGAAUAGCUCUGGCAUCCUUCAGACCACCUCCUAUAACAUUACUGCCGAUCGUCUUCUUUAUGACUACGCUAUAGAAAUGUGCCAGUCAGCUGCACUGGUGGAGCUGUUUGGGAAGAACCCCAAAGAGUGUCUUCACCACUACCAAACAGCCCAGAUACUUCUUCAUAGUUUAUCAUACCAGAUCACAAAUGAAGAAGAUAAAAAACUACUGAACAAAUACAGGGAUGCAGUGGAACGACGAUUAUUCUUACUGCAUAGGCAAAGCCAUAUGAAUACUUAUGACAGAGUAUAAUCUCCAGCUUAUUGUCACAGACUCUUACAUAAACAUGUAUAUGUGUGUUGUGGAACCUCAACUAAUUCUACAUGCAUGAUCAGUUCAGGAAACAUCCUACAAGUGGUAUUUUGCUGGUCAAUGUAUACAUUUUUUUUUUUCAGCCUGCUUAAUAUUUUCUGGAAGAGAGUUAAGUCUGAAUUAAUAGUAUAUGAAAACUGAGCCACAAUCCAUGUGCUUAUCUCAAUUUCUUUGCUUGCAUUUUUGUUAUAAUAGAAAAAAGGAACUUUAAAUUUUGACAAAUUUGUUUAGUAUUUGCUUAACAGAUAUUCUUACUUUGGUCUUCAUUUCUCAUCCAAGCUAAAGUGUUGUAUUCAUUGGUUUAUGCAACCCCAUUUCAUGUCCAUUACUUAAAAGAUACAGCUUAGUAAAAGUAGUAAAAAAAAGAAAAGAAAAACUACAUUAAUGUAUGAAAUCAGGUAAGUGUAAUAUCUGAAAUAAGCUGAAACAAUUAAGAAUGAUAUAAUUUGGAAAUAUUACAAUAAUUACAUUCAGGAUAGACCAUGCUGAAUUAUGAUAUAAACUAGAAGACUAUGUAAAAACAUCUUAUCACAACAUUGAGGUAUGUAUAAUACUACUAAAACUAGCAAGCUAACGAUUUCUUAUACAAGGAAAAUUAAAGAGGAUAAAUAAAAAAAUAUUUGAAGAACUUGUUACAUUGUUAUGUUUCAUACAUUUUGCCCAUAUCUGUACAUUAUAAAAUUAAGAUAGAUAUUAUGUAACAUUAAGUAGCUUAGAUGUUUUUUUUUUUUUUUGCCUGAAUAAGUGACAGAUUACAUUAUCCUACAACUCUUGUUCUUGUAAAAUGUAUUAAAAGUGAAACAUUAUUUAUCUGUCUUUGUAAGGUGAUAUUAUUUAAGUAGGCUUUAAUUGGAUCUGCUUAUUUUAAGUUUGUUAGUUUAUAAUGUUUUCCUGCUAAUGUUUCCUGCCUGCAACAGUAAACAGUAAGUUCCAGUUUUUGGCAUUUAAUUUGUAUUCAUUUAUAUUUUUUAAUUAUUAGUCAUGAAGAAAGUCAACCUUAUAGAUUAUGAAAAGAAUUGUUGUUUUAUUUGUACAUUGGAACAUGUAAUUUGUGAUGAUAAAUUAAAUAACCCAAACUAAUUUUAAUUAACUGUUCUCUUUGAUAAACUUAUUUCCAGUUAUCCUGUUGUAAUGUAGUCUUACAUGUUAUGGAUAAACUUUACCUUUCAAAAAAAUUGGCUAAUAAAUAAGUAGUAGAAAACCAAAUAAGAUAACUGGUGCCAUAUAAUGAAAACUUGUACAUACCAAAGAAAUAGUUGCUGGUAGUAGUGAUAUCUUUUUAAUAUCUUUUUACUUAGAUUUAUAUAUUGUUGUAACCUAGUCACAAAAUAUAACAAUUUCAUUUCUAUUAAAAUAUAUCAUUUUUUAAUUAGCCUACCUUUAUUAAAGGCAAAGUAUAUGUAGUGUGUAUGUUAAAAUUUAUAUAUUAUCUGUUUUAGCUACAGGUUAUUAAAAAGUGUAAAACUAUAGCAAAUCAUCAUGCUUUGUGAUAUUAUAAAUUGUGUGUGCUGAAGAAACAUGGAGAUAUGAAAUUUGAUUUAAAAAAUGAAAAGUUUCUUGUAUUUUAAAAUAUUUCUUUAUUAAAUAAUAUCCAAGAACUUAAUCUCAAUUUGCAAAAGUAAAAAGUUCUUUUUAUGAAAAUAAUUUAUAGAAUUAGUAGAACUGUAAAAUUUCACAAUUACAUACAAAAAAAUUUUGAACUUUGGCAGUUUCAAAUUUUUACUAUUUUUAUAAGUGAUGUCAUUUUAUAUUGUAUUUUUAGUUUUUUAAGCUGUUGGAUUUACCAGUUUUCAUCUGACAGUAAAACUUUCAGUAAGUUUUAUGAACCUUCUUAUGUUUGCUGUACUGAAGGAAAUUAUGACUUAAUCAGUACGAUUUAUUAGAAAAUGUAAUGAAUUUCCUGUAGGUUAAUUUAAAAGAGUAUGGUUUAUGGUUGUUGUUUGUUUAAAAAUUAUAGAGCCACUUUCUCCUUUGUCAUGUGUUACCUCAUUUAUUUAUUUAUUUCUUUGUUUAGCUUUAAUCCCAACAUCUUUUCCUAUAUUACACUCAACAUAUCUUUUAAGGGUUUACAUCUUUCCAGUUAUUUUUAAAAGAAAAAUUAACCUUGUUUUCAUUAACAGUUCUUUGACAUCUUUGAAAUUUUCAUAUGUAAUUGACACAUUCCAUAGUCUUUGUACAACUUGUUUGUUUACUUUUUACAUUUUUUAUGGUGCAUAAAUAAUUUCAUAUGAUGUUCUUUGAACAACCAAUCAUAAUAAACCAACAUUUUAUAUAAUGAAAGUCCCACAGUUUGUUAUUAAAGAACCUAAAAGAUGUGUAUGUGACUAUGGAUGUACCAAGUACAUUUAAUGAUUUGAAGUAAUUCAUUGUUCAGUUUAAAUGCUGUGUCAUUGUAGACCUUUUCAGCUAUUAAAAUUUACAUGCAUAUACAUCAUACAUAACCCAACCCUACAAGUUUUUAUCAGUUUAAUUUUAGAAAUUGGCUAUUUUUUAUAUUGUAGAACAUACUUGUGAUGAUGUAUUUAUUAUUAAAAAUAUUAUUUAAAAAAGUGAGUUUUCUGUUGAUCCACAAGUGAAAAGAAGACAUGCACUAAAAGAACAGAUUUAUCAAACCUACCAUAGAUGAAUAUGAAACUUAUAGAUGUUAUGUGCACACCAACCAUCCAUCAUAAAAUGUUUUUUUUAAUCAAAUUCUUUAUUAUUUCUGUGAGCUGCCUUAUUUUCUCUACUAGAUUUUGUUGUUGGUACAUAUAACAGAGAUAAAUAAAGAUACUAAGCAUUGAGCAGACACACUUUGGAACUGAAAGUAAAUCAUUUAUCCUGUUUCUAGCUAUAAACACAUCUUGUUUUACACUGCAUGUUUGAGUAAAUGUUUGUUAUAGCUAAGGUUCGUAAAAUAGAUACUUAAAGCUGUGUACCAAAUAUUUCAUGUAAUUUAGUACUAGACUUCUUGCUUUAUAGCAUAGUUUUUUAUAUUGUUCGUUCAUUGGUUAAAUGCAGAUCAGUUAUGUGUAUCAAUUAUCAUCAAAGAGUGAUCCACACAGAAUUUUAGUAGAGAGUCUCCUAGGACAGUAUAAGUGUACCCUUGACUAACUUUGGCAGUAAUCUAAAAUGUGGGUUUUCACUAGCAUCUUUCAGUUCAAAGAAUUUUUUCCAAUAGUGGUUUUACUGAGUUUUUCUUUCACGUCAGGUAGAACAUUAACUUCCUGGUAUAAAUUCCAUUUGUUAAGUAGAAGAAUAACUUCAUUUCCAUUGACACAUGAAAGGGUGAAGGCAACUAUCUUUAGUUUUUUGAGUGAUAUUGAGCUGUCUUUCAUAUCUAGGUGAAGAGAAUUUUUUAGAAGACUUUCAGUAAUAUGUUUUUCAAUGAAAGUAUAUCUGUAAUUCGAAAUAUAUGAUUUUCACCUUGGAAUGCAUUGUUCACUCUGUGGAUGCAACAAAAUCCCAUAUCUAAAAGUUUGGUGGUAUCUUAUUCUUUGACUGCAUUGUCUAACUUGAUCUUGAUGCUCUUGUCGAUGUCUGAGUAUAUCAGUUGAUGGACCAUUAUUUAUUUUUGAUUGCAUUACCAACCUGAGACUCACUGACAACCUUGUAAGCAAAAGAUCCCCCCCCCCCCACCAAGAAAAAAACAGCUACUGGACAUAUGGGUCAGAUCUGUCUGAAAAUAGGUAUGAUGUCCUAGGCUAAACUGUCUGAAAAUGAUCAAAUGUGAGACCAUUUGUCAGAAAAACUGAGAGAUCCCAUCACAUGAACCUAAAUUGAAAGUUGAUUUAGCAGUUUUUAUGACUCACAGUGCAUCUGCCUGUGCUUCCUGCUGUUGCACAGCAGGAAUGCUCAAAGGUAAACCUUACUCUCGAAACAAGUUGUGGUGCAGAAUGUAAACUGAGUAUCUCAACUGCAGAAGAAGAAACAGUUGCCAGUUGGGAAGUAUGACACACUCCAAUUACUCUUUGUUACAGCAUUUCCUCUUACUUGCAUGAUUAAGAGUGUCAAUGGCUUUUAUGUCUUCAAUGUGUUUACUUGUAAAGUUUCAGCUGGAUCCACUUUCUGGUCUUUGCCAAACAGUGAAAUUGCCUUAGCUAUGUGUUUGGAUUCCUUUGAAUGUUGCUUCAAAGAAGCAAUACCAUUGUUGGCCACACUGACAGUGGCAUUUGGACACAGAAUGCAUUUUACUUCAUACACAGACCUUAAAAAUGGGCAGCAGAUACAAGAUUUGAAAGUAAAAUAGUUGUUCGGCACAUUUCAGAAUGGAUAUCAAUAAUGUGUGCAUGCAGUGAUAAAUGCCCACCUGAUUAUGGUUACUAGACAUCCCAGUAAAACCUAUAGCAACUGAGUUAAUUAUGUGAUCUAUACAGAAUCAACGACCACAUUGUGGCUAAUGAUUGACCAAGCAUAGCUUUUGGUGGAAUUAAAUAAAUUGGUAAGGGUGAAAGAUUAAAAGGUUAGGUUUAUGUUGUAGUAUAUACGUCUAGGAUGAAGAAAGUUAUUUAUUUUCUGGUUUGACCAUGUUGAUUGUGAUAUUUAUAUGGAGUCAACAACCAAACUGUGGGAAAACAAUUAACUCAACAUAAUUUGUUAGAGUUGAAUAAAAUGAUAACUUUGAAAUGCGAACUUGUUACAUUUCCAUUAGAUUAUGUAAGGCAAGGUUAAAUAAAAUUAUGCAUAAUCCAUAGCUAUUAUUUUAAUUUAUAAAAUCAAUUUUCAUAAUAUCUUUAUUAAGGAUUAUAUGAAUAUUUUAAGUUCAGUGGAAUAAUCUUCAGUCACAGAAACUAUGGAUUACAGUACCAGCCUUCAAAUUCCUUCACUAGACCUAAUUAACGAUAAAUGAUCACUGCAUUUACCAAAUAUAGAUGUUGUUUCUUUCCAUUUGGUGUAUUGUCAUCCAUAUAUAUAUAUAGACUACAGAGAGAAAUAAAUUUCUGUAAAACUCAUGAUAAUAAGAUAUGAAUGUGAGACAUUGAUAGAGAAACAUCGAUGGUUCUGCAGACAAUUCAGAAUUAUGAUAUUUGUUUUAGUUUCUCACCUUCCUCAACAAUUCUGCAAAAUCAUUAUACUUCCACAGAUAAUUGGAUAAAUGUGGUACCUUAAUUUUCCAAUUAUAAACUGCAUAGUGUGUAAGCAAGUCAACAUUACAAAAAAGCAAACUUGUGUAUAAACCACACCUGAGUAUAUGUGGCUGUAGCACAGCAGUUGUCAAGUUACCAGUAGGCUUGCAGGAAAACAUACAUAUAUUCCACAUGCUCUUUCUUAGCAAUUAUUUCCUUCUAAGAAAGCCAUUAUAAAACACAAAAGUAAAAUAAGAAAUAUUGUGACUUUAUUAUUUUCCAACAAUUUUUUAGUGAUAAUGGAAGACAACAAUACAUGUGCAUGCUUCAUUCAUUUAUUCAAGUAUUCUUACUGAUAUAGAAACUUGAAUGGGAGUUUUCAAAAAUAUUCGAAACUUAACUUUGUUUCUGUAACAUGCUCCACCUAAAUUUCUCUCCCCAAAAAUUCACCAAACUCAAAUUCUUCAGAAUCUGAGUGAAACAACUCCAACAGUUCAUUCUUAGCCAUGAAAGUUUGAGAAAACAGUGACUGGGUAUGUAUAGACCUGCUAGGCAGAGCAUCUUCUCUCCCAGAAGUACCGAAUUUAAUGUAAAUUACUCACUAUAAUAUAGAGAGUACUUAGGCAAAGCAUAAUUUUUAUAGCCUUCAAUCUUAUUUACUUAUGUAGUCAUAAACUGUCACAUCCUCUCUUUCACAAACUACCAACAGUUCUCUCUCUGAUAUUUUAUUCUAUAUUAUUUAUAACAAAUACAAAACCAAAGUUUUAAUUUAUCAUGUGACAUAUUAUAUUACAUUGUUUUCUAUACAGAGAAUUGUCUAUUUCACCUCCAGUUCUAAACUUCUUUUGCUUGGGAAUCACCUCGACAAACUUAGCUGAAUUUUUAAAAUCUCUUAUUGCAUAGUUAAAAUGUUAGAAAAUUAUGAUAGUUAUAAGGCAUUAUUUGCUUUUUAUUUGCAAGCUUUUUAUGUCAUUUAUCCACAAAGUUAUCAACUGCAAAAAAUUUUUAGUGCUUCUUCUGAAAAAGAAAUUCAUGUAUUAACUGCAUGCUAUGGUUUUGCAGACGAAAUUCAUGUGUAAAUCUUGGUAUAUUUAUUGGAAAAGUAUGGUAAUACCACUACAGUAUCAAAAACUUUGCAGCAAUGUUCAUUUACCUGUUUCAGUCUACAGCUGCUUGAGGAAUAUGACACUUGAACAAAUGUUAUAGAAGCAACUUGUGUGCACAACUUGUAUAAUUUUUGCAAACUGUGAUCAUUCCUGAUUAUGUUACUUACUGUUGCUUGAGAUGUGUGAACGGCUUUUGCUACUGAUAUGCAUGUUUGUGAGUUCUCGGGCGUUAAAAGACCCACACUUUGUUUACGACACAUGGAAUAUGAUUUGUUGCAAGUCUCUUUCUUGGUGGUCCCGAUCCCCCACUUAAUCCAUAGUCAUUUACCAUUUAGUACAAUGCAAAAACAAUGUCAAAAUGCAAUUUUGAUCCAUGCCAUUCCACAGUGACUUAACAUGGUUGAUUUGCAUAUUCCAAAUUGCCUUGAUAUAACAUCUCAAUCCUCUGUAUGAAUUUUUUUUUUAGCAUUAAGUGUGAGCCAUUUGUUUAUUAUAUGUUUGAUAUGAUUUUCUU